AUGUGUUGCAGAAGGGAGAUCCGUCGCUCUUUAGCGUCAGCAGCUUCUCGGGCUCCGUCCAAAUUCUACGAGCGCUGGACGCUGAGACCGACGCGCAAUAUCAGAUCCAGAUCGGCACCGCCGAGUCGGCAACAAUGGCCAUCGACCCGACGCUCGCCACGCGGCGACCCUGACGAUCAACGUGGCCGACGUCAACGAUUGGAUCCCGAACUUCGAGCCCCGAACAACCAAAUCAGCUACCGGCUGCACUCUGCCGGCGGCCUCGACGAGUAUUUCACCGUCAACGAGCAGAACGGGUUGAUCACCCUAGCUCGCCCCGUCGACGCGUUUGCCGAUGAGAAAAUUACGCUGAAAAUCGAGGCCUCUGAUCGCGGGGACCCGGCGCAGACAUCGAUGACCAACGUCGUGGUUACGGUUGAACCGACGCAGUCUGCCGUCAUCCCGGAGGGCCAUACUUUCUUGAACAGGCCCAGCGACAAUCAGAUCCAGUUCUCGCUGCGGAAUUACACUUCAUCCGUCUCGGAGUCGGUGCGCCCGCCGCAUCUUGUACAAGUACUCUCGGUGACGAACAAGCCGGAAGACACGAGAUUUGUCAUCUGCCAAAUUGUUUCGGGCAACUAUCGAGGUGCCUUCGGAGUGACGGCCGGCAAUGACGGAAAUUGUGAAUUGAGGACACAGAUGGAGCUGGAUCGCGAAAGCGUUGAACGUUAUUUGCUGAACGUGACGGUGAGCGCGGAUGGGCAGACCGAUUUCGCGCUCGUCUCCGUCACCGUGCUCGACGUGAACGACAACGUGCCGCGCUUCCAGUACGACAACGACCUCGGCAUCGCCACCUAUUUUGCGGGCGUGGCAAGUGAUGCUGGCGCUUUUGCGCGUGUCAUGACGGUUAAGGCGGAAGACGCUGAUCUCGGCAACAGUUCUGUCGUUCAAUACUCGCUGGAUACGCUGGCCGUUCACCACAAGUAUUUCAACGUCAGCCAAUAUGGCGAGAUCACGACCCGCCAAAGCAUGCCGGCAAUCCUCCAAAAGCAGCGCAUCAACUUCUUUGAAAUUCGGGUGUCGGCCUGCGAUUCACCAGUCACUGGGCAAAAGCUGUGCUCGAAGGCGGAUGUGGUGAUCAACGUCAUCGGCGAAUCUCAUCGCUUCAAAAUGAUCACGCAUGGUCUCAAUCCACAACAACUCAAGAGCCACGAGAAGGACAUUAUCCGCGCCCUUCGCCAAUUCGCCGGCGCCUGCACGUUGAUCAGUGUCGAAAAGAUGGCCGAACACACGAAUUCCGCUGAACAACAGCCCCGCACCGACAUCUACUUCUACGCCGUCAACCCGACCACCCGCAAAAUUUGCCGCAAAAAUGAGUUUAGGCGGUUAUUCGACCCCUCCUCGGUGUCGAUGAUCGCUGGAAAGGUGCAGCCGUGGUUCCGUCUCGACAAAAUAGCCGAAGAUGCUCCAAAUGACGAUCGAACUCCCGGCGGCCCGCUGGCGGCCAGCUGGAAGGCUGCUGGUUAUGUACUCGUCGCCCUCGCCGCCCUGAUCAUCCUCGGGGCCGCGCUGGCCAUCUGCUGCGUCUGCGUGCAUAACAACAAAUUUAAGGUUUCCCAAAGAUCCAUGCACGCUUACCCGAACCCCCUACGCACCGCAUUCCAAAGUGCCUAUGGGGCCGUUGGGCACCAUUUACCUGCCCAACCCGCCGCCGCCCAACAGCAACGCCGACAAGAUUUACGAGACGCAGAUGCUGGAAAUGCCGAUCAC